GCGACGAGUACGACUCAGUUGAUGAGUUUCUAAUGGGUCCGAGUUACAACAAUUACUACAACGCUCAAAGACCCAAUUUGUUACAGAGGUGUAUGAGUAGCCAAUCUCUUCCCAAUGACGCUUUCCACUACCCUCGUCACAAUCCCAUUUUCUCUUCUCUUGAUGAAUCUAACCUCGAAAACUUCGAUUUCGAAACUAGUUCCAUGAGGAAGGUGUUUAGUACCGGAGAUUUACAGACAAUUAAUUUGGCACAACAACAACAACACAGUCAUGAGAAGUGUAACAUUGAAGGGACAAAGAAAGUUCGUUGUUACAGUGCUCAAGAAAGGAAAGAAAGAAUCGAAAGGUAUCGAAUCAAGAGAAGCCAGAGGAACUUCAAUAAGAAGAUCAAGUAUGCAUGUAGGAAGACAUUAGCAGAUAGUAGGCCAAGAAUCAGAGGAAGGUUUGCGAGGAAUGAAGAGAUCGGAGAGAGUAUUAUACAAAGUCAGUGGAGUUUGCAGAUUAGGGGAGAAGAAGAUGAAGAAGAAGAAGAUGGUGUUUGGAGUAAUUAUUUCCUUAGUGCAUUGUCCACUAACUUGAUACCUUAAUAAUCCUUUUAAAAGCUAUAAGAGGUGUCAAAUUUAGAUGUGAAUCAAUUGAGAAGAAAAAUUUUAGUAAUGUUGCAGGUUGUUUUGUUGCCUAUGAUAAGCUUACUUUAAUGGAAGCUUUUAAGAUUGAAAAAAAUCUCCAAAUGUAAAUAUAGUUAAGUUGUAAAUCAAUAUGAUUGUUGAAAAAACCAAAACUGAAA